AGACCAUGUUUUGGAGAUCUGCAUCCAUAAUAUCUAGCUGGCCUCAGCAGGCUUGCGGCAGCUCAGGACCCUUCGCGCCAUCCAUUUGAGGCUCAGUCAUCCCUCAACACACUCACACAGCCUCGUGACGCGUUCUGAUGGUGGCAACGAGGUCCAGAGCCUCUGUCGGCUUGAGCCCAGCGCCCGGAGAUGAAAACAGGAUCAUAGCAUUGGUGACGGGGGCUAACAGGUGAGUGAGACGCCUGCAGCUGUCCAUGAUGCGGAGCAUCUGAUUCUACCCAGUGGAUAUGGGCUAGCAGCAUGUCAACACCUGCUCUCAAAUCUCUCGCUGCCACCUCAUACGCCUAUGCCUGCUGCUGUGAUUCAAAAGACAGCUCUGCCUCCGAGUCGGCGACAGGUGCUCAUCGACCAAGCUCCAGAGCUCGUCUCUGAAGUGUCGGACAGACCACCUGCGACUUUGACUCUGAUAGUCACAUGCCGAUCCAUGCAAAAUGCUAUCGAAACCAAAGAGGCUAUCUUGGAGACUCACAUGCGAGAGCUUAAAAUGAGGGAGAAAAAUGGCAUUCCCGAAAGAAAUGGAUGGCUAGCAGGUCUUCGUAUAGAGUGCGAGACUGCAGAUCUUUCGUCACCUGGAGGUUCUGACGGAGUUUUGGCUCUCUGUGAGCGACUCAAGAAAUCAUAUCCCCACAUUACCUCCCUGUUCCUCAAUGCGGCGAUAGCCACAGCUAGCAGCAUAUCGUUCCCUGGCUUCCUGAAGCAAAUAUUCACGGAAGGCUUUGUCGAAACCGUCACGGACCCUCAUUUCGUUCCGGAAACGCCAGGAGUUAUGACUCCAGACGGCCGUCUGGGUCUUGUAUUCUCCGUCAAUGUCCUCUCGGUGUAUAUCAUGGCCCGUGAACUUGAGCCGCUUCUCCGACGAUCUCCUAAAGAACUUCCAGUACCUCCCCGUAUAAUCCUCUCCAGCUCCUACACCGCUGCACGGUCCUUACUCCGACCGGACCCUCUCGACGAUUACCAGCUCCUGACUUACUCGUACGAGAACGGGGAAUUCCCAUACAAGGCUUCAAAAUACAUGGCGGAUCUCCUUGCCGUUCAGUUAGAUAAAGAAUUUUCAGAAAAUCAGGGCGAAGAUACACAAGAACUGCGCAUGUUGAUUGCAGAGCCCGGUGCGAUGGUUUCCAAGAUAUACACUACCGCCUUCACGAACUGGGCGAUCAUCAAGUUCACGUUCACGUUCUUUUACGCUCUAGCCUUCAGGCUUGCGAGCUUGCUAGGCUCGCCGAAGCAUGUUCUGACCGCUGGGAAUGGAGCAUUGGCCAUGAUCUUCGCAGCUCUGGUCGACAGUCAAUACAUCGAACCGGCAUCCAAAGUCCCCGCUACAAAAUUCGAAUCCCGACUCAACCGUUGGAAACAUCACCGUAUCGAAUAUUCAGAGGUCGAUUGUUGGGAAUCGACACUGGACCUUGGCGCAAGUCUGAUGAAAGCGUGUGAGACUAUAAGGCAGGAAUAUAGGAGACGAGAGAGUCUUGAGUAGGCAAAAGAUGGCAGUCAAGGACCACUGCAAGU